GUUGAUUGAACUUUCCUCCGCGUUUUGUUCUUCGCCUCCAGUCGUUUAAUUACUGACCCCUACCAACCUCCGUUACUAAUUAAGGCCUCCUACCUUCUGUUUUCCUUUUUACUCUCUCCUCUCUGUUCAUGCUGCUUCAACCAGAUCUGCAAUUGUCGUAUUUUUUUCCUCUGGCCUAUCAACCAACGAACAAUUCAAUCGCAGAAUUCUCGAUUCUUCUUCUCGACGAGAUUUUUCAAUCUGUUGCUUCGUGAUGUUGAUCAAAUAAUGGCCUGCGAAAUCAUCAAACACUUUCAAUUUGAAUGGCGCAGAGUAUAAUUCAUUCGAAUUUCUCUUCAAUUUCCUUUUUCAUUAAACCCUAGGUUUCUAUUGGAUUGAAUUUUCGGGAGAAAUUAGACUUUAUUAAGCGAGCAAGCUGAUUUGCGGUGGCAAGUUGCGGGGGAAUCCUCGGCUGUUCGUCUCGUUUUUGUUCUUGAACUGAGGUGUCUGAUACCCUGAUCAUUCGGCUUGGAGUUGUCUUCUCCUAAAAUCUUCUUGUGCAGGUGUCUGAUACUCUGAUCAUUCGGCUUGGAGUUGUCUUCUCCGAAAUCUUCUUGUGCUUUCUUAUCUUUAUCCAUUUGACAAGAUGACGAGUGAAGUUUUAAAAGCUGUCUUUCCUCUACUUGAUGGUGUAGACCUUGCUUCUUGUAUGUUAGUUUGCAAGCAGUGGAGAGACACUGCUCAAGAUGAUUAUCUUUGGAAAUGCCUAUGUGCUAGGAGAUGGCCUUCGCUUUGUAAAAGACCUUCACCAUCAAUAUCGACGUACUAUAAACUCUAUGGGACCUUCUACAAGCGCCAACAUCGUCGUGGUCUUCCUUCUCCUAAAUUGUCGUUCAAUGACUUGGACUUCUACAUUGACAUUUGGGCAGAAGGUAAGUUGAUAUUUUCCGAAGUCGUCUCAGGCCCAAAGUUGCAUGACAGGAUCAAAAAUAUGCCAACUGGAAUUUGUAACAUGCUUAAAUGCCAUCUAGAGAGUCGUGAUUACAAGAUGAUAUUACCUGUGGAGCCCUGGUUUUCGGUGCCUUUCGGUCAGACAGCAAGCGUCUCUGUGUUAGUUGGACGCAAGGACUAUAACAAGUUUGCUUGCAUUAUUAAGAAAUCAUUGUUUGAUUAUGUUGAUCGGACAUCUUUUCGAGCUAUCGCAUUUGAUUAUCUCGACUUUUCUCCUUCACACCCCUUCGUUUCUAAUAUUAGAGCAUGGAUCUCGUUGCUAUUUGCUGAUGGCACGAAUGAUGGGGUUGCAGAUGUUUUCAGUAUUGAAAUUGACUUUCGCGAUGCUGCAAAUAAUGAGAUAGAAGUCCUUUGGUUACUGGACAUGCUAGAUUGGAAGUGAAUGAUGUGGAGUUCCUAUACCAGCUAGGAUGGUAAAACAGAGAUUUCAAUCUCUGUAAAUCUGUCUUGGCACCUAAUAUUGUGCCUAUUAGCUAAUAUGUCAUCUUCUAGAGUUGUGUAGUUACCUUUGAGCUUACAGACUGGCUGUCAUGUCUAUGCUUUUUAGUUGCGAAGUUUCUUAAACUUUAUAUGAACUUGAUUCUUUAUUAUGAAAAUAUUUCACUUUA